UAUCCCCAUUAACAUCCUUGGUGCCAUAACCAUUUUCAUUACAGUCAGGGCACCAAAGAAAAAAUGCUAAUGUGUUCCCUUCGAUUCUCUAACAUCAUUCUUCUUCUUCUUUGUUGGGUACUCAGUUCAGUUCAUCUUUGUGCAUCCGACAACCGGCUGGUCGCCGGUAAGCCGCUCUCUCCCGGUAGCACCAUUGUCUCCGACGAUGGCACCUUUGCGCUGGGCUUCUUCUCCCCAUCCAACCCCAAGAAACACCACUAUGUUGGCAUAUGGUACAACAACAUCCCCGAGUUCACCGUCGUGUGGGUGGCCAACCGCGCAGUGCCGAUCACCGAUGCUUCGUCCGCGGCGCUCGCCCUGACCGGCAGCUCCGGCGGCGGUCUCACCUUGUCCGAUAGCAAUGGCCAUGUCGUUUGGACGACGACGACGGCGGCGGCGGCGGCGGUCACCGGGAACGUCUCGACGGAAGCCAUGAUCGAGAACACCGGGAACCUCGUUCUCCGGUCACUGGCGGACAACGCGAUCCUGUGGCAGAGCUUCGAUCACCCGACCGACACCCUCCUGCCCGGCAUGAACCUCAGGCUCAGCCACAACACGCACCCACUGCAGCGCCUCGUCUCGUGGAACGGCGCGGAGGACCCGUCCCCGGGCCCCUUCUCCUACGGCGCCGACCCGGACAACCUGCUGCAGCGCUUCAUCUGGCACGGCUCGGCGCCGCACCGGCGAAGCCCCGUGUGGCACAGCUACCUCCUCCUCGGCAGCUACAGCAACAGCAACGACAACGACAACCUCAUGAACUCCACGAUCUACAUGGCGAUCAACCACGACGGCGACGAGGUGUACAUGUCGUUCGGCAUGCCGACGGCGGGGCCCUCCAGCGCGCUGAUCAGGAUGGAGAUCGACUACCUGGGCAAGGUGAACAUGCUCUUCUGGCAGAGCAACACGUUGGCGUGGGCGUCCCUCUUCUCGGAGCCCGCGCGCGAGUGCGACGUCUAUGGCUACUGCGGCCCCAACGGCUACUGCGACAACACGGAGACCGUCUCGACCUGCAAGUGCCUCGACGGCUUCGAGCCAGCAUGGAGCAGCGGCGGCGGCAGCAAGACGACGUUCUCGCGGGGAUGCCGGCGCAGGAGGGCGCUGCGGUGCGGCCAUGGGAACGGCUUCUUGGUGUACCCGGGCAUGAAGGUGCCCGACAGGUUCGUCCACGUCCGGAACAGAAGCUUCGACGAGUGCACGGCGGAGUGCAGGGGCAACUGCUCCUGCGUUGCGUAUGCUUACUCCAACAUUAGCAUCGGGGCUAGUGAAGGAGAUAACACGAGGUGCCUCGUGUGGAUGGGCGAGCUCAUCGAUAUGGAGAAGGUUUCCCAGGGAGGGGAGGACCUCUACGUUCGAGUUACCAGGUUAAACGGUAGGUUAAACGGUAACAAGAGAAAAACCAAUAUCCUAGGAACUGUGCUGCUAGCUGUGGCCAGUUUGCUGAUGCUCAUAUGCAUGCUUAUUUGGAUCUGCUGCAUUCGAGGUAAGCAGAGGAGCAACGAGGUAUUCAGUGGACUGAUGCUGGGAGACAGUAGCACCUCUAGUGAGCUGUCUGACAGGAAAACAGAGUUUCCAUUUUUCAGCUUCAGAGAGAUUGCUUCCGCAACGAACAACUUCUCUGAUUCCAACAUACUUGGUCAUGGAGGAUUUGGUACUGUUUACAAGGGAAUAAUGGAAGGUGAUAAGGAUAUUGCUGUCAAAAGGCUCGCCAAAGGUUCUGGGCAAGGUGUAGUGGAAUUCAAAAAUGAAGUAUUUCUGAUUGCCAAGUUGCAGCACAGAAACUUGGUUAAGCUUCUUGGCUGCUGCAUUCAUGGAGAUGAAAAACUACUAAUUUAUGAGUACCUACCUAACAAAAGCUUGGAUGCCUUCCUUUUCAAUCCUUCAAGUGAUUCAGCACUUGACUGGACAACAAGGUUCAAGAUAAUAAAAGGUGUUGCUAGAGGCCUUCUUUAUCUCCACCAGGACUCAAGGCUGACAAUAAUUCACAGAGAUCUUAAGGCAAGCAAUGUACUGUUGGAUGCUGAUAUGCACCCCAAGAUAUCUGAUUUUGGCACAGCUAGGAUCUUUGGUGGGAACGAGCAACAAACAAAUACUAACAGAGUUGUUGGAACAUACGGUUACAUGGCACCUGAAUAUGCACUGGAAGGCGUAAUUUCUGUCAAAUCCGACGUCUACAGCUUUGGUGUGCUUCUCCUGGAGAUUGUGAGUGGCUUGAAGAUCAGCAAGGUCAUAGACCCAUCAGCUGGCCAUUCCAACCUCAUAGCCUAUGCAUGGAGCUUAUGGAAGGAUGGGAGCAUGGGCGGUUUAGUCGACUCCUCCGUCACUGAGAGUUCUUCACUUGGUGAAGCUCUAAGAUGCAUCCACAUUGCACUCUUGUCUGUACAAAACAACCCAAAUGCUCGGCCGCUAAUGUCAUGGGUGGUGUCCAGCUUGGAUAACAAAGACAUUGAGCUCCCAGAGCCCAAAGAACCUAUGUGCUUUGCACACAGCAGCUUUGGCACCGAUGGAGCAGGGGAAAGUCUUGUGAACGACAUGAGCCUUGCAACGCUCGAAGCACGAUAGAAAUUCUGAUAACUUAAGUUACAUUAUAUCUUAAGGUAUUAAAAUUUUAUACUAAAAAUAUGAUAAAUUAGGUUAUUUGUCAAAGAUUAAAAAGCUCAUUUUAUUUUCUUAUAUAUUAAUUGAAGCAAGAGGGAGCUCGAAAACAGUGAUACAUAAUAAAAUUAGUGGUGAGCACAAGAGUAGCUCUGCAUCUGUCUGAAUGUCUAUCAUGGUCUGAUGGAUCUGGUAUCUUGGUUGUAUAUAUUGUAUAUCCCAAUCUGUUCAUAUCAAGAAUGCCCAAGUGAAAACCUUUCACUGUCAGGAUUGUAAUAUCAGGCUAAGUGUUUCGAUGAUGAAACCAACAGAAAUUAGCCAUGUGCAACUUUCAAAAGAAUAUUGCACAUGCGAACGGUGUUGAAGUA